AAAUAACUAAGCCCCUCUCUUUUUGACUGUACUCAGUUUCCAUGGCGACAUGAGGCAGCCCCUCAUGUUGUCCUCUUAAGUCUGUGGUCAGUCAAAGUUUUACUCACACCGUGUGUGUUUGGUUAUCUAUGUGGAGUCCACUUAGAUCCUCAGAAACUAUACCACCUUGCCUUGUUUUACCAGAAUGCAUCUCACUACUGAUGAGGAAAUAGAGCUGGGACUGAAGGAGCAGGGGACAGUCAAUCCUGCAUUUGGGGACAAAGAAAGUGAUGAACAGCCACAGCUGACAGUUGACAUUGGGGAACCACAUACAGAUGCCCAGGAAGAGACUGUGAACAAAGGCGUAGAUCUGGUUUAUUCUCUAAAUGACAGGCCGCCAUGGUAUCUCUGCAUUCUGCUCGGCUUCCAGCAUUACAUCCUCGCAUUUGGUGGCAUCAUCGCAGUCCCGCUGAUCCUGGCCGAGCCCCUCUGCAUAAAGGACAACAACAUCGCCAAAAGCCAGCUCAUAUCCACAAUAUUCUUUGUGUCGGGAUUAUGUACGCUGCUGCAGACAGCUGUCGGUGUCAGGUUACCAAUCCUCCAGGGUGGGACCUUCAGUUUCAUCACUCCAACCCUGGCCAUUCUCGCUCUGCCCAAGUGGCAGUGUCCAGACCCAAAAGCAUCUGUGAUGCUGUCUGUGCAUUUGCACAAUGUCACCAGUCCACUGCAAAGUGAGAAUUCUGAUGAGGUCUGGAUGUCACGAAUGCGUGAGAUCCAGGGAGCCAUCCUUGUGUCGUCUCUGCUCCAGAUUGUCCUGGGCUUUUCUGGGCUGGUGGGCCUCGUGCUGAAAUACAUCGGCCCGCUGGCUAUCGCUCCUACCAUCAACCUCAUCGGCCUGUCAUUGUUCAGUGAAGCUGGCAAGAAGUGUGGAGGUCACUGGGGAAUAGCUGCUCUCACGGUCUGUCUGAUCCUCCUGUUCUCUCAGUAUCUCAGCAAAGUUGAUGUUCCAAUGAUUGCUUACAAAGAUAAGAAGUGGAAGGUUUUCAACUAUCCGCUCUUCAAACUCUUCUCUGCUUUGUUCGGGAUGUGUGGUGCCUGGCUGGUCUGCUUCUUACUGACCAUCUUUGAUGUCCUUCCUUCAAAAUCUGAUGAGUACGGCUUCUCAGCCAGAACUGACAUCAGUCUAGAUGCUGUGACAAACUCCCCUUGGUUCCAUGUGCCUUACCCAGGACAAUGGGGUAUGCCCACAGUGAGUGUGUCGUCAGUGUUGGGUAUGAUGGCAGGUGUCUUGGCAUCUACCAUGGAAUCAAUUGGUGACUACUACGCUUGUGCUCGCUUGUCUGGCGCCCCUCCUCCACCGACUCAUGCCAUAAACCGAGGUAUUGCAGUGGAGGGCAUCGGCUGCAUCCUGGCUGCACUGUGGGGAACUGGAAAUGGCACCACCUCCUACAGUCAGAACAUUGCUGCACUUGGCAUUACCAAGGUUGGGAGCAGACUGGUCCUCCAGACGGCCGGCAUUCUGAUGAUCGUCUUGGGGAUCUUUGGGAAAUUUGGAGCAGUUUUUAUCACCAUACCAGACCCUGUGAUUGGAGGCAUGUUCCUCGUUAUGUUUGGAAUGAUCGCAGCGGUGGGGAUAUCCAACCUCCAGUAUGUGGACCUUAACUCAUCCCGUAACCUCCUCAUCCUCGGCUUCUCUACCUUCAGCGGUCUUGUUUUACCUACCUGGUUUCACUCCAAUCCCGGCAUCAUUGACACAGGGAUAAAAGAGCUAGACCAAGUGAUUGUAGUGCUUUUCACCACACACAUGUUCAUCGGAGGAUUCUUUGGGUUUAUCCUGGACAACACCAUUCCAGGCACUGACCAAGAGCGAGGCAUCAAGAGCUGGCAAGACAAGGUGCGAGGGGACGGCAAAAACAUGUGUGACCAGUCAUGCUAUGAUAUCCCUUUCUGCAACAGUGUUUUGAAGCGGUUUAGAUGUUUCCAGUACGUGCCCUUCCUCCCGUCUUACAAGACCAACCAACAGGGGACAUCCAAGUAAUGCACAGAUGCUGAGGCUAACCUUAAAUAGGUAAACAGUAUUUGGUGAGCAUUGAAAAAAAGACAGUAAAAGAAGGAAAGUGCAUAAAAAGUUAGCUUAUUUUGUCACUAAAACAAUGUUAGCACAAAAGUGGACAGAACAUUAUGUUCUUUAAUUGCUUUUACAUUAUUUUUGUUGAUAGAAAACAUUACUGUGAGGUGAUAGUGUUAACCACUGAGUCAAUGAGAUGUCGUUCUGCUCCAGUUUCCUCCCACAGUCCAAAAACAUGCAUGUUUGUUGAUUGGAUAAAACAAAAUCUAAACAGUAAAACUUCUUUAAAACAAAUAUAACUGGUUGUUGUUUGCCUUUAAUGGGUAUACAUACCACUUGUAUGUUGCCUAGGGUCAACCAGCUAUGAAUUUAAGCUUCCAGCGUGGCUCUGACGGAAUUAAAA